UCGGUCUCCGGGUGUGUGUAGGCAGACUUAGUCAGAAUAAUACGAGGAAAAUGGUCAAAAUUCUUUAUAAAACUAGAAAUUUUAUAGCUGUUUAACUAUUAUGUUGUGUGUUCAACUGUUCACCCGCUGUAACGUUGUAAACAACUUUAAAUAAAUGUAAACCUUAAAGUAAAGGCGUAAGGUACGGCGUAUCCCCAAUGAAGACGGUUGAAAUAACAUUGAAACGCCGGGCGAAAUAACUUGGACGUACAUUUGCAAGAAAAUGAUAAUGUUUGAUACAUUUUCAAGAAUUUUCGCGAUUUGAAUUACCGGGAGAACUAAUAAUUAAUGUUAUUUAAUAAAAUAACGGUUGAUAACGGCCUCAAAGAUACAUCAAGAGAUUUGUUAAAUACCAGAGUGAAACCAAAUGAGGAAUUCAGACGAAUACCGACCUUAUGGCAAUACCUUUAUAUACAUACCGCGUUGAUAACAAUAACGUAACUUUGUAUCGUUAAGUAACGUUAUUCCUCGCAAGUCGAAAUGAUUAAUGUCAUUCAUAAUACAAUUACCUGUUUAAUUAUGUCAAAAAUAUCCACCUGGACAGUGCUCAAAAAUAUGUUGACUGCUGAUAGAUUAACGUAUUUUCGUAACGUUAACAAAUUGUGUCGCUAACUAAUUUGUAACGUUUUGUAACACUUCAAAAAGCCUUGAAAUCGUAAGACAGGACUUAUGGACUUAAUUAGGGCAUGCUGUUGUUAAAAGCGAUGGAUUUCGACACAGAAAAGUUUAUAAACGAGAUAAGGAACCGGCCUACGAUUUGGAACUCCAAAUGCCCUGACUACGUGGAUAGGGAGCUGAAGUUGCAAGCUUGGAACGAGUUGGUUGACCAGUACGCUGGAGAUGAGGCCCUGACGAGGGAGGAGAGGAAACGAGUAUGCGUGCAUCUUCAGAAAAAAUGGAGAAACAUACGCGAUUGCUUCGUCAAAACCCACAAAGCGAGAACCAAGCCUGGCAGCGACAAGAAAAAAGUAACACAAUACGCGUUCUACGACCACCUCAUGUUCUUAGCCGACAUCGCGUCUAGCAAAGACUCAAAUAACGUUAUUAACGUUGCCGAGAUUAAAAACGAAGUUAUACAUAACGAUGAUGACGACCCACUGUCCGUUGUCCAUCGGGUAUUUAAAAAGAAAAAAAUUGAAAUACAGGUUGAUCCUUUCUCGGACGGUGAUUCGUCGUCUAAUAAGAGAGAGAGAACUCAGGAGAGAGAAAGCGAUAGCAAUACGGAAGACGAAGACCAAUUGUUUUGCUUGUCUUUGGUCAAGGAGUUUCGUAAAAUUCCGGACCAUUUGCGGAUACAAGCGAAAAUAGAUAUUUUGAAAGUUAUUAAAGACGCACAGUUUGCGGAAUGGACAGGGCAUGGGACGGAUCCUCAAUACUAUUGAAGUAAAAACCUCUACCGAUGUGCUGUCAAAAUCGUUGCAGAGUUAUCUUGGUCUAACUGGCUGGCCCAGUGUGUACAGGGACCAUUACAUAUUGAAUUCUGAGAAUCCGAAAUGCCGGUACUGUUUUUAG